AUGGGUUACUUGAAAAAGUACAUCCGUGGCCUCGAAUAUGAUCAAGUCUCGGCGUCGCUCAUGUCAGGCGAGAUCACUCUGCACGCAUUCGAGCUCGAAAUCGACGCUAUACGGGAAUGGGUUGACACUAUCCUACCGUACACGACUGAAAUCACUCGAGCGUACUGCAGUAUGGCCGUUGUCAAGAUACCGUGGACUCAGAUCCGGUAUAAGCCAGUAUGCAUAACCAUACCAUCACUUGAGCUGGACUGUACAGUGCAUGAUAUGUAUGAUGAUGUUGAAUGGAACUGCAAGGUGGGUGAAGAGGGGUAG